CUUUUCCUGUGGCUCGAGACCCGCGCGUUUUACGUAUGCUCCUAUAGAUGGUCCUUGUCCUGUGGCUCGAAUCCUCAUCUGGCUCGAGCGGCCGAACGGCCCUGCCCGUCCUCGCCGAGGCUUCGCGCCUGCGCGGGGGAGGGCGGCGCGGCCCGGAGGGGCGCCGGCGGCUCCGGUGGCGGCCUCGCUCGUUGAGGCUGCCGCGCGCGCCGCGGUGCUCGCGCGAGCUCCUCGCAGGGCCGUCGCCGCCGUGGCGCGGUCUGCCGUCGCUGCCGCCGCGUUCGCGGCCGCACCAGCCGAUGGCGCCGCUGGUGGAGACGCGGGCCCCCUCGAGGAGCGCGCGGCGGGCGUGCGCGCGCCACGGGCGGCGCGAAGAGACGGCGAGGCGGCGCCGCCGCCGUCUGCGGGCCGCGGAGCGGCCGCGGGCUGCUCGUGCAGAGGCUGGGCCUGGAGGCGCACGCGGUGCCGAGCCUGGUCAGGGGGCCCCUGGCGGCUGCCGCUGCCGAGGCGCCUGGAGGGGCGGAGGUCGCAGACGACGGCAUGGACUGGAUGGCGCCUGGGCCGACAGCCUCCUGCCCUGUGUCGUGCAGAGGAGGCUGCGGCGUCGGCGCCUCCAGGAGGCCCCGCAUGAGGCGGCGGCGGCGGGGGCAGCGGGCGCGGGCCCUGGCCCGCCUGCUGCGGGCGCUGCGCCGACGGCCGCGGCGGUUGCGGCCUCCGGAGGGCCUUGGGCUUGCGGAGCGGCUGCCUUCGCUGACUUGUUCGCCGCGGCCGACGACGUCCUGCGAAGGGCGGCCGACUGCCAGCCCCAGGCGAGCGACGAGCUGCGACGCAUGCUGAAAACCGUCGACUGGCGCCCUGCCAGUGUCUCCUGAGGGAGUGGCUUGGCACGCAGCUCAAGCACUUCGGCUGUUCGACGAGAGAGUGGCGGAGACGUCCCGUCGGUUCGGAUGUGCUCGAGGCUGUGCCUUCGUGCAGCCUCGCGAGGCUCGCCAAGACGGCGAGCUGCGAGCCCGCGCGGGCGACGGGGGAGCGGCUUCGGUGGUCUGGCCUUUUGGGCCGGCGCUGCCAGGUGGGUGCCUCGCGUUGUCGCCCCUGGCAACGCCGUGCGCCCUGGCUCUCGAGAGCGGGCGGUGCGCGGGGCGCACAUCGCGCCGAUCAUGAACAACAUGUGGCUCGAAUCCUGUAAAUGGCCCCUUCCCUGGGUUCGCAUCUGGUGCGUUCUAUGCGUGUUCUAAUGUAUUUCCCAUCUCCCUGGGCUGCCUCUCCGCCUCUGACGGGGGAAGGUGCUCCUCAGCCUGUUGCAUCCAUGCUCUCGUGACAGCUGUGCUGCCCAGUUUGUGUUGCAGCGGGCGGCUUUCGUGCCAUUCCGCUCGGACGGCAGACGUGUUCACCAGAGUGCUGGGAA